GACCGUCGCGUAGUGAUGACAUCAUGGUAUGCGCCGUCGCAGUUAAAUGUCGCAUGCUCCGCUCCUCCCCCACUUCCUCUCUUGGUGUUUGGCAUUUCUUGUCGAGAGCGACGUUCCUGGCAAUCUCUUGGUACCCGUCAUUCCUCAUGUCGCAGAAUCAUAUCGACAAAGGAUAACGAUGUGAGGCCAUCAUCCAUCACUCUUGGGUCAGGAUGUGAUGUGACCUCGCACCACCCUCCUCUUCCAAACAUGUUUGAAGUCAAACCGCGAGCCGUGGCGAAGAAGGAGUCUAGCACCGAGACAGACGAGGGCCUGGGGAGCAGCAGCAGGAACCACGGCUCCAGCUCAGUGGGUUCCUGUUCGGUGGAAUCGGGGUCGUUCUACUUGUCAGACAGCCAGGACUGGGUGCUUUCCCCAAGCUGCUCUCCAGAUGAAGGCCCCGCCCAGCACACCGCAAUCUCCCCCAUGCUGGCGGAGGAGACGUUCCGGUACAUGGCAUAUCUCUCUUUGGACAACCCCUCUCACUCCCAACCUGCCUCCCACAACUUCUCCCAAGUCCUCAGUUCUGAUCGUGCGGAGCAGAUGACCAAGACGUACAAUGACAUCGAAGUGGUCACUCACCUACUGGCUGAGCGCGACAGAGACCUGGAGCUGGCGGCUCGGAUCGGGCAGUCUCUUCUACAGAGGAACCACCUGCUACAAAAGCGUAAUGAAGCUGUGGAGGAGCAGCUAGCACAGACCCUGGACCAGGUUCACCAGCUGCAGCAUGAGCUCGGUAAGAAGGACGAGUUGCUGCGCAUGGUGGCCAAUGCCUCGGAGGAGUGCGAGGCAGACAACGGCGUAUCGACCCCGCCGAAGCAGCCUCAGUUAGCCGGUGGAAAUGCCACUGCCGCGCUCAGCCAGCUGGAGUCGAUGCAAUGUAAGCUGCAGGAGCUCGAGGAGGAGAACUUGGCUCUGAGGUCUGAGGCCUGCCAGCUGAAGAGGGACACCAUCACCUAUGAGGAGAAGGAACAAAGACUUGUGAGCGACUGUGUCAAGGAGCUCCGUCAGUCCAACAGCCAGAUGGUGUCUAUGACUGACGAACUGUCCCAGAAGAACGAGGAGCUGGUCAGACACCAGGAAGAGAUUGCUCAGUUGCUCUCGCAAAUUGUUGAGCUGCAACAUCGGGUGAAGGAGCUGGCUUUGGAGAAAGAGGAGCUGAGGAUCCACUUACAGGCUUCCAAGGAGGCCCAGAGACAACUCACGGCAGAGUUGAACGAGCUGGCAGAGAGGAACGCCGAGUGUGUCGAAAUGCUCCACGAGUCCCAGGAGGAGAUCAGGGAGCUUCGCGACAAAAACACUCCCCCUUCUGGCAUGCGACGGCAUCUUUCCUAUGGCCUCUACCCGAUGGAUUCGCUGGCUGCAGAGAUUGAAGGCACCAUGAGGAGAGAAUUGUGUGUUGAAGAAGAAAGUGCAUGUCAGGACCAAAGGAUUUCCCAGAAGAGAGUCUUCCAGACCGUGCGCUCCAUCAACGCUUCAACAUCCCGGCCCCGUUCGGCAACCCCGCCAAUUCCCGGUUCUGGACGCAACUCUUUGGUGAUGACCGCACAGCCCUUCCCUUCUUCUCAGGGCGAUGAAUUGCCAACGGGCCAGCCGGGCUACCCUGGUGGGAAUGACCUCACGAAAGCACUGCACCGCCUGUCUCUUCGACGGCAGAACUUCUUGUCGGAGCACCAGUUCUUCAAGGCGGAACGGGAGAAAAAGCUGCAAGGCCUGGCUGGGGCGGAGGCUCACGAUGCAGGAAGCGGCUGCAGCUCACCAAUGGGCAGUGUGUUCUCCUCCUUUUCCAAUCUGUCGGACAUCUCUAUAGGCUCCGGCAUCUUCAGGACCUUCCUGCCAGAGAAGCUUCAGAUUGUCAAGCCCAUGGAAGGCUCACUGACACUCCAUCAUUGGCAGCAGCUUGCCAAACCUCACUUGGCCACCAUCCUGGACCCGCACCCUGGCGUCGUCACCAAGGGUUUCCGGCCGCUUGCCCAGGAUGCCGUUUACCGCUUGAAUGACAUGGAGGAAGAUGAGGCCGGUGAAGCACAUCGAGACGAGGAGGCUGGCGUAAUGGAGAAAGGCGCAACCGAGCGGGGUAAAGAGGAAGACGAGGAAGAAGGUGGUAUUGUCUUCAAAGUGCGCUGCUCAUCUACACCAGAGGAGAAGAAAGAUAGAAAGCUUUCGAACCCGCCCCUUCCUGCCGCUCCUCUCUCACCAUCCCGGCCGCCGUCCGCCACCGGAGUCGCCGAGACAUCCUACACAUCGUCUCAGUCUGCUCCGAAUGUUUCCACAACGACCGUCCAAUCCAGCACACCUGUCUCAGUCCGAAAUCCAGUCAAGUGUCAGAGCUCCACUUUCUCCACCUACACUUUCACCACCUGCCGCAUCCUACACCCUUGUGAUGUCACACAAGUCACUGCAAGUUCACAGUCCUCUGUCAAUGGCAACACGCCCAGCUCCAUGAGGACGGGUCCCAGUACCCCCCUGACUCCCUGCCGACUCAGCCUGGGAGACUUCUUUCCCACCCGGCGUCCCCCUGUGGCCGCCAGCGGUUUGGCCAAGUUGGUCCUGGAGAAAGGCAUCUCUGCACAAGUCUCCACAGAAACCCCCCCAUCAUGUGCCAGAUCCACGCCCCCCAAGCCACUCCUCCGCCUUCUUCCGGGCACACCCCCCAACUCGCCGUCGCAUUCACCCGGAUCCGAGUGCCACCAGCGCUCGGCUGACAAUUUCCUGGCAUCAAGGCCGGCGGAGUUGUUUCUGCGAGAUGUUUAUGGCUUGAACCUAGGCCGCUCCCCGCAUCCUGACCUACCCAGCCCCUCUCGAGAGAACUCUGCCCGUGGCCCAUCCCCGCUUAAUGUCAGCCUUCUGGAGAGGCUGCGUCAGAUGGGAUUUAGCAAGGUACCCCAGGCGUCCGCCACCUUCGUGUCGGCAGGUGGCGGGAGCCUCUUGGAUGGUCUGAGGCGCAACCAGAGCCUUCCGGCGAUGAUCGGCGCACGGGCGGGAAAGCCGACAGGUCAGCCCUUGCCUCCCCCUCACCCCACUUCCCUGGCGCUCCCACCACCAGCUUGGGGAAAUCUCAAACAAAGAUGCACAAAAGUCACCUCGAAUACCCCACCACGUUCGGGUGAAUCCUAAAGCGCAGCAUUUCCCUUAUAAUCCACCUUAUGUUGCCUGAUUUUAACCAGUCCCCCACCCUCUUUUUUGGACUUGAUUUUAAAGCACAACAGAUUUGAACUGAGUUUUUAAUUACCAGCUACCUUUCGGCCAUGAUUCUAUUUAUUAAGGCCUUAGUUUUUGUUUGUUUGUGGUACCUUGUCAAAAGGCUCUGUAUGUUUUGUAAAGGGGCCCGAUAUACCACCUGGACUUAAGUAUAGGGACGCCGUGUAUCGAUGCGGCGUAACUUUCAUGAGAAAAGAAGGUUUUGCGGAUGUGAAAGCGGGUGUUUCAGGGUGUGACACUUUUAGAAAUGAAAGUCUCUGUAUGUUCAUUCAUGUUUGAGUCCGGACUUAUUACAAGGGCUUCUUCAAUCGUGGCCUCAAUAUAAAUUUAGGAAUUCUUGUAGAGGGUGUCCCCGAAAAUAUCCAUUUCAAAUAUGAUUGUCUGACAAUACACUAGACAAACAAAACGUUCUUUGUCUUUAAGUCGGGAGAAAUAAGACACGCGUCUCAUUUGCAUGAGAAUUGUCUGUUAUUAGCCCAAACUUUUUAACCACGUAAAAAUACUUAGCUCUCCAUGUGUUAUCUUAAUGACCGUUUUUAAGUCAUAUUGUUACUGGAGUAGUGGGCCAAACAAGGAGGUUUUAUUCCUUAAAAUGUAUAAAACAUUAUUGUAAGCCGGUAUAACAUUUGGUUUCAAAGUGACGUUUUUCCCUGUUGUACCACAAGAGGGAGCCUACACACCUCAAUUUACAAUCACCGUAUUAAACUGCCAAAUGAUAGUGGAACUUUUUAGAGACACCCUGUAUAUUGACAGUAAAGCCGUUUAGAAGAGAAGAGGAUCCUUUGCCAGCUUAAUUUGAGUCAUUCCCCAUCUCUGGCGUCACAACGUGUAUAACAUUUCCCAAUGGACGAAAGUCCCCUCUCCAGCGUUUUUGGAUGGCUACAUGACAUUCUUGCAUCCAGGUCCCAGCAUGUUUAUGGAACCUGGUAAAAGUCUGAACCAGACCAGGCAACUUGGGUAUUGUGUGUGGUGAAUCAAAAUUCUUUUUAAAUUAUAAGCGGCCUUAUAUAGAAAGCAGAAGUGUUGCUCUCUUGCCUUGUCGCCACUCUCUGUGUAUUAUUUGCAUGUUUUGUUUUUCAGUCUGUCCAGACUUCCACUGAGUCACUGCACUAUGUUGUUUCUAUUUAAAGUUUGUUUUUCCUACACUCACCUAUCGAUGAAAAAGAUUCCAGUCACCUUGACUGCGAAUAUUAGGUGGUCUCCUUUUUUUUUUUUUUUCUUCUUUCAGAUCUGGAAGAUUACCAAAAGCAUGCCAUUCUUUUAUUUAUUUUAUUUUUUAAUGUAAUGUCUUUCGUGUAUUUUACCUCGCCAUUUUUUAACCCACAUGAAAUGUUGGUGUGUUUGUAAGACUGAAGGCUUAUCUCUAAGAUUUAUCGUGCUUGGAUGUCACUUGACUACAGCUAAUCCUGGCUAAAGGUUCUGUAAGCAACAGCUGUUAAUUAUUUGCCCCCAUUUUCCAAUAAAGCGA